AUGGCUUCCAUGGUGAUCUCGCGUAGACUCUCUCCUAAGUUGCUGAAACCCACUCCUUCUUCAUCUGUUUCCUCCCUUUUCUUCUCCCAUAAACCCCAAAACUAUCCUACCCUUGAUUCUAAUUCCACCCUUUCUCGACAACCCUUAAACCCUAAUUUCAAUCUCUCUAAUACCUUGUCUAGCUCUCCUACGCGUUCCUUCAUUCUUGAACGCCAAUCACUAACAGAUACAAAACCCUCAAAUCUCACUCUCAAAUUUAUUAGAUUAUGUUCUAGUAUUAAAACCAAAGAUCUUUGCUCACCGAUUAAAAACCACAGUAUUUUUUCCGCAUCAAAUGUUGGAAAAGCCCAAAAUCCAGUUCAAAACCAUGAUUUCAAGCAAAAAUAUUCUAUUUUUACGAAACCCAUGCGUUCUAAUUUGGAUAUCGAGCUAAAAAAUCAUAGCUUUAUUGGGUUGUCGAACCAAAAACCCAGAUAUUUUUCAAGUUCAAAUUCACCAUCAGAUUCUGAUAAACCCCAUAACCGAAAUGAGGUUCCCAGCGAAAACCCUGAUUUCAAACACCAAGAAAUUGAGGGGCCAACUGUAGAAAGAGACCUCUCAGCUUUAGCCAAUGAGACCAGAGAGGUUUUGGAAAGUAUGAUGAAGAAUAUUUAUGGUCUGAGCAGAGCUGUUGUUGUUCUGGGUCUUGUUCAACUUGGAGUUGGAGCUUGGAUAUCUUAUGUUACUAAAGCGACACCAAUGACUGAGGUGUCAAUUCAAAGUUUUGUGGCAUUCGGAUUUCCAUUUACUUUGGCUUUUAUGUUGAGGCAAUCAUUGAAGCCAAUGUACUUCUUUAAAAAGAUGGAGGAGCUAGGAAGGUUGCAGAUUUUGACUUUAACUCUCCAGGUUGCUAAAAAUUUGAAUAUCUUCUUUGUGAGGAUUCGUGGGGUUUCCUUUUUGUGUAUUGCAGGGAUGUCAGUUGGGUUGUUGUUCACUUUGUUGUCUAGAUGA